AUGAUAUCACCAGCUUACGAUACUAUUAAUAUGUCUACUCAAGCCGCUACAAGAUUACAAAAUCCACGUAAUAAUAAUAGUAAUUAUACUGGUGCUAAUGUUAAUGCUACGAAUGGAAAUUCAAAUACUAUAAAUAAUCAAAUGCAAAGAUCUGAUAACAACAAUAGUAAUAAUGGAGAUUCCACUAUAGUUGGCUUACAUUAUAAAAUUGGUAAAAAAAUUGGUGAAGGUUCAUUUGGUGUAUUGUUUGAAGGUAUUAAUAUGAUUAAUGGAUUACCUGUAGCAAUUAAAUUUGAACCAAGGAAGACAGAAGCUCCACAAUUAAAAGAUGAAUAUAGAACUUACAAAAUUGUAGCAGGAACUCCAAAUAUUCCUCAUGCUUAUUAUUUUGGCCAAGAAGGUUUACAUAAUAUUUUAGUAAUUGAUUUAUUAGGUCCAUCUUUAGAAGAUUUAUUUGAUUGGUGUAAUAGAAAAUUUUCUGUUAAGACAGUUGUUCAAAUUGCUGUUCAAAUGAUUACUUUAAUUGAAGAUCUUCAUGCACAUGAUUUAAUUUAUAGAGAUAUUAAACCUGAUAAUUUCUUAAUUGGUAGACCAGGUGCACCUGAUGAAAAUAAUAUUCAUUUAAUUGAUUUUGGUAUGGCAAAACAAUACAGAGAUCCAAAGACUAAACAACACAUUCCAUAUCGUGAAAAGAAAUCUUUAAGUGGUACAGCAAGAUAUAUGUCAAUUAAUACACAUCUUGGUAGAGAACAAUCAAGAAGAGAUGAUAUGGAAUCAUUAGGUCAUGUAUUUUUCUAUUUCUUACGUGGUCAAUUACCAUGGCAAGGUUUAAAAGCACCAAAUAAUAAACAAAAAUAUGAAAAAAUUGGUGAAAAGAAAAGAUCAACUAAUGUUUAUGAUUUAGCUCAAGGCUUCCCAAUUCAAUUUGGUCGUUAUUUGGAAAUUGUUAGAAAUUUAUCAUUCGAUGAAACUCCAGAUUAUGAAGGUUAUCGUAAAUUAUUAUUAUCUUCUUUAGAUGACUUAAAUCAAAAAGCAGAUGGUGAAUAUGAUUGGAUGAAAUUGAAUGGUGGUCAUGGUUGGGAUGCAAGCAUUAAUAAAAAACCAAAUUUACAUGGUUAUGGUCAUCCAAAUCCACCAAAUGGAAAAUCAAGAAGACAUAGAGAUCAUCAAAAGACUCCAUUACAACAAUUAUCACAACAGCAGCAGCAACAGCAACAGCAACAGCAACAGCAAUUAUUGCAACAACAGCAACAACAUCGUCAACAACAAUUGCAGCAACAACAGCAGCAGCAACAACAACUACAACAACAAAUGCAACAGCAGCAACAUUUGCAAAUGACACCACAACAACAACAACAAUAUGAGGCUGAAAAGAACAAACUGGACCCAACGUCUUUCGAAGCCUACAAGCAACAAACUCAACAAAGAUAUACACAACAACAACAAAAGUUGAAACAACAACAAUUGAACAAGCAACGUGAACAACAAUAUACUGCUCAACAACAACAAAAUAUGAACUAUCAACAACAACACAUGCAAGCUAACCAACCUGUUAGUCAACCAGAAGAUAAUGAUAGCCUAGAAAAGAAAGGUUUCUUCGCACAAUUGGGCUGUUGUUAA